CUUCAUAGUACUUGACUGCAUUGCUCUCUGGUUUUCUGCGUCCAAUUGUGAGCCGUGAGGAAUCGUUUAGAUAUAUCAUUUAUAGAUACUUCUAACAUCAAACAAAAUGGUGGACAAACUGACAGAAGAAGAAAUCGCUGAGUACAAAGAUGCUUUCUCGUUAUUUGACAAGGAUGGUGACGGUACAGUGACUAUCAGUGAGCUGGGAACUGUUAUGAGAAACCUCGGACAGAAUCCCACAGAAGAAGAAAUCAAAGACAUGAUAAAAGACGUUGAUGAAGAUGGAAGUGGUUGUAUCGAUUUCAACGAGUUUCUUGAGCUGAUGGCCAAUAAGACCAAAGGCACAAGCUACGAAGACGAGCUUAAAGGAGCCUUCAAGAUAUUCGAUGCAGACGGCAAUGGAUCCAUCACUGUAGAAGAGCUAAAACAGGUGCUGGACAACCUUGGAGAAAGACUAACGGAGGAAGAAGUCGGGGAGAUGAUCAAAGAAGCCGAUACUGAUGGUGAUGGUACUGUCAAUUAUGAAGAAUUCAUCAAGAUGAUGCUGGCAAUGUCUGGUGGUGGGAAAUAAAUUACUAUUCAAGCUUUGUUUUUUGUGCUUUCGGUUACGUAUUCAAGUGCAUCGGCUCAAGACAAAAUUCAUCAUCUCCAUGUCGACUUUAGCUCAAAUCUCAGCAGCACUAAUCGAACCAUCCGAUAAAGAUGGCUUGCCAAGAGACGUAACUACCAUCUCAAAAAAAAAAAAAAAAAAAAAAAAAAAAAAAAAAAAAAAAAAAAAGCAAAUAAA